UUGCAUACAAUAAAUGCAGCCUUCAACAGCUUCAACCCCCCACACUAUUAACACUCUCACAUAAGGGUUGAAGAAUAUAUACUCAUGAGUCAUGAUCUUAAAUAGAAUGGCGAAUCCGAGUCUAGUUCUUUUAGUAUUGGGCAUGCUCUGUGCUGCCACUGCUUCGAGUGACAUAGAGAUAGUCUCUUCUCUAAGAAAGACUCUAAUCCAAAGAAAACACAUGAUUCCUAGCUGGUUUUACCCAAACACACCUGUCUGUAACCUAACAGGUGUGGUAUGUAGAAACUCGGAAGUCGUUCUUGGGCUUCAUCUACCUUGCAGCACGCCGCUAGACUUUCCUAUUCCUAGUAGCAUAGGAGAGCUUAAACAGCUGAAGUUUCUGAAUCUGAGUCAGUGUGGAUUCAUGGGCGCCGUUCCUCCAAAUGUAUGGAGUCUUAAGGAGCUUCAGAUUCUAGACCUGAGUGGUAAUGAACUGUCUGGAAAUUUACCUACAUCAGUAUCAAACCUGAAAAAUCUGAGGCAACUAGUACUUGAUGGUAAUAGCUUGUCUGGUCACUUGCCUUAUACAAUUGGCCUUCUAACUGGUCUUAUCGAGCUUUCAGUUCGUGACAAUGUUUUCUCUGGGAAGCUUCCACCGGAACUUGGAAAACUCUCAAAAUUGGAGUCUCUAGAUCUUAGUGCUAACUCUUUCUCUGGUGCGCUUCCUUCAAGUUUGGGUGACCUUGCUAGCCUCUUGUUCUUUGAUGCUAGUAGCAAUAACUUUAGUGGUCCAAUUUUUGCUGGGUUUGGAAAGCUAAGGAGUCUUGAGAAGAUAGAUCUCUCUUUAAACUCCAUAAGUGGGCCCAUACCGGAAGAUAUCGGGAAACUGAGGAAUCUAACUUCAAUAAUUUUGGCAGAUAACAGCAUUAGUGGAGUAAUUCCAUCAUCUAUUGGCAAUCUUAGGGCACUUCAGGAGUUCAAAAUCCAGAACUGCAGACUUACAGGUGCCUUACCCAACGAAUUGACUGAGCUAUCUAACUUGGGUUACCUCAACAUUGGACAGAACUCUUUUGUGGGGGGAUUGCCAGAAAGUGUAGGGAAAAUGACCAGUUUAAGGUACUUUCUAGCUGCAUAUGCUGGGUUGAGUGGGAGCAUCCCUGGACAACUGGGUAACUGCAAGAAUCUGAAGGUUUUAGACCUUUCCUUCAACUCAUUCUCUGGUCCUUUAUCAGAUGGUCUUGCUGGUAUGGAAUCAAUUCAAGAUCUUAUGCUUACUUCCAACCACUUAUCAGGCAUGAUCCCUAGUUGGAUUUCCAACUGGAAACACAUAGAAUCUAUAAUGAUGGCAUAUAACCUCUUCACAGGGUCUAUGCCGCCACUCAAUCUGCAGAAGCUCAAGUUGCUCGACAUGAAUUCUAACAUGCUUUCUGGUGAGUUGUCUUCAGAAAUAUGCAAUGCCAAGUCAAUAAAUAUGUUGUCAUUGUCAAACAAUAAAUUCAUUGGAAUCAUUGAGAAUACCUUUAGAAACUGUACUGGUUUGAAUACUUUGAUAUUGUCUGGAAACAAUCUUUCUGGUGAGUUACCUGAUUACUUAGGUAAACUCCCUCUGAGCACCCUGGUAUUGUCAAAAAACAGAUUUCAUGGAAAGAUUCCUGAUCAGCUGUGGGAGUCAAAGUCUCUUAAGGCGAUAUCUAUGGGGAAUAAUUUGCUUUCUGGAAAGAUUCAUCCAUCUCUUGCCAUGGUUCAGACAUUACAGAGACUGGAAUUAGGUGAUAAUUUCUUUCAAGGAACAAUCCCGGCUUCCAUUGGAAGAUUGAGGAACUUAACUAACCUCUCUCUACGUGGAAACCAGUUGACAGGAGAGAUCCCUGUGGAUCUUUUCAACUGCACAAACCUUGUAUCAUUGGAUCUUGGUUCAAACAGCUUUACCGGUCAUAUUCCAAAGUCAAUUUCAAGGUUGAAAUUGCUAGAUAAUUUGGUAUUAUCCUGGAAUAACUUCUCUGGCCUCAUACCUGAAGAGAUAUGUUCUGGAUUCCAAGAGGUGCCCUUGCCAGAUUCUGAGUACACUCAGCAUUAUGGUAUGCUUGAUCUCUCCCACAAUAAGUUCAUGGGUCCAAUUCCUGCAUCAAUGGGUCAGUGUUUUAUAAUCAGGGAACUGUUAUUACACAACAAUGAGAUGAAUGGCAGCAUUCCUUCUGAAUUAUUCGGUCUUCCUUACAUGAGAUUGCUGAAUUUGUCUACAAAUCAUUUAACUGGUCCAGCCAUACCUAAAAAUUUUACGUUGAAGAAUCUGCAGGGCCUUAUCCUUUCCCACAAUAAGCUUACCGGUACUAUUCCUGAUGACAUGGUCUCUUUAAUGCCUCGCUUAACUGAACUGGAUAUUUCAUGGAACUUUUUCAGUGGUUCAUUGCCGCCAUCUGUGCUCAGCAUUGAAAGCUUGUUCUACCUGGAUAUCAGUGCAAAUUCCCUUUCAGGAACAAUCUCUUGUCACUUUGCAUCUCCCAGUUCGCUUGUUCAUCUAAAUGCUAGCAACAACCAAUUUUCUGGUCCCCUUUGUGACUCCCUUUCAAAUCUAACCAUCCUCUCCUAUCUUGACCUGCACAGCAAUGCUUUGACAGGAAGCAUUCCACCCUCUAUAACAAACCUAGCUUCCUUGACUUACUUAGAUCUUUCUGGUAACAAUUUUGAAAAUUACGUUCCAUGUAACAUCUGUGAUAUUGAAGGCCUCUCCUUCAUCAACCUCUCUGCCAACAAAUUCUUGGGAUUUGUGCCCGAGUCCUGCACUGAGCAAAAUGGACCAUGCUUAGCCUCUUCCCGUCCACCAACUAAGACCCAUGUUUGGGGUGCCAUGAUUGGGCUCACAGCCUUUGUCCUUCUUGUUCUAGUCAUCUACCUGGGUAAACAGUCAAAAUUGAAGCACAGCAGUAAAAGGGUUGAGCUAGUAAUGACAGUUGACCGGGGCAGUAAUGAGACAUUAAGCAUAAACCUUGGUACAUUCGGGCUUUCUCUCACCCGCUUUCGCCAUUCAGAUAUAUUAUCAGGCACUGACAACUUCAGCGAUACACAAAUUAUCGGUGCUGGUGGAGUCGGUACAGUUUAUAAGGCAUCCCUUCCACAGGGGCAAACCCGGCGAACGAUGGCUGUCAAGCGGCUAAAUAGGGGACACUUUCAUGAUGAUCGACAGUUUCUAGCUGAGUUGGAGACUAUUGGAAAGGUUCAACACAAAAACCUGGUACCAUUACUUGGGUAUUGUGUCUUUUCUAAGGAGAGGUAUUUAGUGUAUGAAUACAUGGAGAACGGGAGUCUUGAUGAGUGGUUGUGGAACCGAGCUCCUAUAGUGGAAGCCCUCAAUUGGCCUACCCGUUUUAAGAUCUGUUUGGGGGCUGCUCAGGGAAUUUCCUUUCUGCAUCACGGGUUUGUGCCUCACAUCAUUCACAGGGACAUUAAGUCCAGCAACAUACUACUGGACCACAACUUUGAACCAAAAGUCUCGGACUUUGGACUGGCCAGAAUUAUCAGUGAUUAUGAGAGCCAUUUCAGCACUAUUCUCGCUGGCACAUUAGGUUACAUUCCUCCUGAGUAUGGACAGUCUAUGAUUGCGACAACAAAAGGAGAUAUUUACAGCUUCGGAGUGGUGAUGCUGGAGCUGGUGACUGGCAGGGCACCAACUGGGCAGGCUGACAUUGAGGGUGGUAAUUUGGUGGGUUGGGUGCGUUUGAUGGUGGCCAAUGAGAGAGAAGAUGAGCUGCUUGAUUCAUAUGUUCCACCAAUGUGGAGGCAUCAGAUGUUGAAGGUCAUCAGCAUAGCUCAACUGUGCACCAAUGAUAGCCCUGCAACAAGGCCCGAGAUGCAUGAAGUUAUACAGCUCUUGAAUGAGAUAGGAGAAUUAGAAUGAUCAUUAAGUUUCAAUUGUUUGUGAUUUUGGAACUUAUUUUGUUAUCAGUCAUAUAGGCUUUGGUAUCACUAACCUUUAUGCCUACGGUAGAAAAUUGUAACCGAUGAUGGAAUGUACAUAUUUCUCACCUGAGUAGCUUUGAUUGCGACUUAGCAAUGACUUUCUAGAUCA